GGGUCCCUGACACCGGGGCACAGAGAAACACAGAGGCAGCCUGGGUCCCUCCUUCUGGAGUGGUCAGUGGACCCCCCUGACCUCCCCAGCACCCCAGUCCAGAUGAGAAGGCUGCUUUCUUUCUGCCACCCCAGCGGGAAGCAGGCCUGAGGUUGUGCCUAUGGUGUCUUGAGCAGAAGGUUGUGCAGAGGCAGGUAGACGGGAGGGAGACCCACCAGCCAGUAGGCCGCAGCCCAGAGGGACGAACCGCAGGUGACCCUGGGCCCUCCUCAUCCUGUGGUCCAGGAGCUGAGGAGCCCAGGCUUCUCUCGCUGGCUGGGGGAGGAAGGUGAGGGACUCCAGCAGCAGCGAGCUCAACCUCCCCAGAUUGCAGGGAUGGGGUGGGCUGGAGGGGAGCAGCUGGUGGGACACUCCCAGAGGUCCCAUGUAAACCCCUGGGGUCUGCAGAGCUGCGCUCGAUCCCCUCACCAGGUGCCUGGCCAUCACAGGAUGUGGACUCUUGCAGAUUGGUGCUGCUGGGGAGGGCAGUGGUCCACCACUGUGACUCUUGGGACCCUCAGGGCUGGGCACCGGGGUGUCUGAGCGCUGGGGGUUGUGGUGCUGGCCUCUGAUACUGGGGGCGGAGCUGUCAUCGGCUCCUGCUGUUUGGGAGUGCAGGGGAGGAGGGGGGGGGGCGUGUCAGGGAGCAGAGUCCUGCCUGCCCCAGACCUACUGACAGGACUCUCAGAAGCACCGCCUCGGGUUUCAGAAGCUGUGGGAGUCCAGGAAGUAGAAAUGAAGAAGCAGGUGUGCUCUGGAGUCUGAGAGUUCUGCGCUGGGAUUCGGGAUUUCGGGGGCACCAGGUGCAACGUCCCGUCCAUUUCCUGGCAGCAUGGCGCUCUCUGGCCCGGAGGUGGAGAAGCAGGCGUCGGAGGAGCCCCAGCCCGGCGGUGAGCAGCAGUCCUGGUGGUGGCUGGUGUCCUUCCUCUGCUUCUACGGCUUCAUGGCCCAGAUGCGGCCUGGGGAGAGCUUCAUCACACCUUACCUCCUGGGCCCCGACAAGAACUUCACGCAGACACAGGUCACCAACGAGAUCACACCGGUGCUGUCCUACUCGUACCUGGCCGUGCUGGUGCCUGUCUUCUUGCUGACCGACUACCUCUGCUACAAGCCGGUGCUGUUGCUGCAGGGCCUGAGCUAUGUGUCUGUGUGGCUCCUGCUGCUGUUUGGCUCGACGGUGCUGCACAUGCAGUUCAUGGAGUUCUUCUUCGGCAUCACCAUGGCUGCCCGCAUCGCCUACUCCUCCUACAUCUUCUCGCUGGUGCCCCCUGCCCGCUACCAGCGCAUGGCCAGCUACUCACGGGCCUCGGUGCUGCUGGGCGUCUUCACCAGCUCGGUGCUGGGCCAGCUGCUGGUCACCAUGGGCAGGGUCCCCUUCUCCACGCUCAACUACAUCUCGCUGGCCUUCCUCACCUUCAGCCUGGUGCUGGCGCUCUUCCUGAAGCGCCCCAAGCGCAGCCUUUUCUUCAACCGCGGAGCGCCCGUGCGUGCCGGGGCGGCGCCCUCCGAGCUGGACCAGAUGAACCCGGGCCAGGCGCAGGCCGCGGGCGCGAAGCCGGGCUGGCCUCCGGCCGCGUGGCAGGACUCGACGUUCGUGCGCAUGCUCAGAGAGCUGGGCCGCGUGGUGCAGCUGCCGCAGCUGCGCCUCUGGUCUGUCUGGUGGGUCUUCAGCUCCGCCGGCUACUACCUGAUCGUCUCCUACGUGCCCAUCCUGUGGAACGUGGUCAACCCCACCACGGACACCACCAAGGUCUACAACGGCGGGGCGGACGCCGCCUCCACGCUGCUAGGUGCCCUCACCUCCUUCACUGCGGGCUUCGUGAAGAUCCGCUGGGCGCUGUGGGCCGGGCUGGUCAUCGCAGUGAUGACGCUGCUGCAGGCGGGGCUGGUGUUCCUCAUGUACAAGACAGACAACAUUUGGUUGUGCUACGCGGCCUUUGUGCUCUUCCGCGGCUCCUACCAGUUCCUGGUGCCCAUCGCCACUUUUCAGAUCGCGGCUUCUCUUUCUCAAGAGCUCCGCGCCCUGGUCUUCGGCAUCAACACAUUCCUCGCCACCAUUCUCAAGACCAUCAUCACCCUCAUCGUCUCCGACAAGCGAGGCCUGGGCCUCCGGGUCCACUCUCAGUUCCUCACCUACUUCGUCUACUUCCUGCUGCUCUUCACCGCCUACUUCCUUGCCGCCGUGCUGGUGGGCCUGCGCCACUUCAAACAGAGCCGCCACCAGCCCCUGCCGCCGGCCCAGGAGCUGGGAUCCAGCGGGGCUCGAGGGAAGAGGGCUCGCCUCUGCUACUGACCCAGGAGGCAGGGCUCUGCUCCGGGCCCCCACGACCUGCCCCCGGACCCCAGGAGCGCCCUCCUGGUGUGGCUGGCCCAGUGGCCCCGUCCUCCUGCUCCCCCCGCAGCCUCCCACAGUCGCUGGCCCCCUGCUCGGCCUCUGCCACCUCCUCUGCUGAGCUCCUGUUCAGUGCAGUGUGCAUGCCCCUCAGGGAUCAGACACCUGCAGCAGCUGCGGGAGGCUGGGUCAGGAGCCCGGGGCACAGACUACCUGCAUGCUCUGAGGGGCUCUUGAGGCUGCUGGCUGCCCCCAGGGAGACCUGAGAGAAGAUGGGUGUGUGGCACCUAUGGCCUCCACCAACCGUUACAUCCAUGUAUCUAUAUCUCACAUCUGUGUACACCUAUGUGUAUUUGCUCACAUCUGUGUGCCUCUUAUGUCCAUGUACACCUAUGCACACCUGUACAUAUCUGCAUGUAUAUAUAUAUCCAUGCACACCGGUGCACACCCCUGGCAGAUCUCUAUAUGCAUGCACAUCUGAGGAUUCAACUGUGGAUUGAAAAAAUAUGUGUAUUUUUAGAUGCAGAAAGUUUCAGAAAGCAAAAUGGAAUUUGCCAUUUUCCAGCCUCUAUUAUCAUGGUGUUUACAUUGUAUUUACAACUGUUUCUAUAGCAUUUUUCUGGGCUUCCAUGGUGACUCAACUGGUA